GACCACAUAGCAUAGGAGAUUGCGCACGCACAUCAAAAACUGCCACGGCCUGGCGACGACAGCUCGCUUUACUUGUGGGCAUUACCUGGUGUUACACAAAAUGCCACACCCUGCAGUAAAUCACCAUAGCAAUGUAUUGAGCUUGUAACUACUGGGAUCCUGAGAGCCUUUCUGCAACCAUGAAAACGCUGAAAGCUUAUUUCAAGCCCAUCGACAAAGCGGAAAGCUGUAAAGAGGAACUGAAAGCAGCUACGGCCUCUCGGCAGAAACUGGGCUUGCCAGAUGCGCAGCCAGAGGCGCGCGAAGAAAACCGGCCCCCAGCAUCGCUCCCGCCAACAGCGGCCCCAGCCCCAGCGCAGGCCGUACAGAAAGCGCAGCGCAGCCAACCUUCCAAGCCUCUGACAAGCGUUAAUGGUGAAGGCUCGGCCCGAAGCGCUGGUUACGCAAGGCCGCGGGUGUUCUCGGCGAGCGUGGGCUUGAGCCGGGAUGCCCUGCUCCAGGAGAUGCUGCACGGCGCUCACCGCAAGGCCGCCGAGCCGGGCCUCGCCGGCACAGCCGCACGGCUUCGGGCCAUGGAUGACGCCUCAAGCGCCCCAGGUGCUUCGCGGCGACCAGCCACGACCGCUGGCGCUGGCACCAGUAUGGAGUCACCCGAUGCCACCGCCGAUUUCCUGUCCAACCCUGCGACCGGGUCGCACGAGCUCAGACCGUCGGAGGCACAGGAAGCUGCCUUAGAAGGUCAGCGCGAACGGCCAGCGAAGCGGCCCUGCCUGGACUUGCAGCGCAGCACCGGGCCGCCUCCGCCAACAGCAUCUUCGGCACGGAUGCCAUCUCCGGCCACAGCGUCGCUGGCACCGGCGCUAGCCGCCGACGGCUUCCCGCUACCGAAGGAGCAGCGGCGAUCGCUACCGUGUCUGAUCGAGGCGCGGAGCCUGGGGCGGCUGCGGCCGGCUGCGCAGCAGGCGCUGUGGCUGGAGCGGCGGCCGGGGCUAACGCAGGCCACAGCCUGGGACGCAGCGCUGCGCCAGCGGCUGCCCUCCGUGCUUCACCAGGACGCCAUCACGCAGAUCGAGAUGUCGACGACGUGCGGAUCUGGAUCCGGAGCCGGAUCUGGAUCUGGCGGGAUCCGGCUGGCCAUCGCGCAGGCCAACCAAUGCGUACGGAUUGUGCCGUACGGGGUUCUGCGGGACGCGGCGCUGGAGGCGCGCUCGCGGCGGCGGGAGGCGGCGGAGGCGGCCGACGGCGGCAGGAGCGACCAGGAGCGCUCAGACGACGAUGACGACGGCGGUGCCAGCCGCCGCCGCCGCCACACUUCCCCCUCCGUGCAGCGGCUCCAGCUCCAGCCCUGGGAUGAGCUGGCUCACCGCGGCACCCGAGUCCUGGCUCGCUCCUCCUCAUCCACACACGCCCCCUCGUCCGCACACGCCACCGCACACGCCUCCUCCUCCUCCGCAGCAGCAGCAGCAGCAGCAGCUGCAGCCUCAUCUGGGCUUCCCGCCUCCUCCGUUCUGACGCUGAGCCUGCGGCAGCACGUGUCGGCCCUGGGGUGGGACCCGCGCCGCCCCGGGCGGUUGGCGCUGGUGGACCGGGCGUCGCCCCAUGUGCUGCUGUUGGACCUGGGGGCUAGCCGGCAGGACAUGGUGCGCUCGCACCUGAGCGCUGCCGCGCCCACCGCCGCCGUAACCUCGCUGGGUGCCGCCGCCGCGCCCGCCGGCGGCGGCGGUGCGGCGGCCCGCAACCUGGUGUAUCUGCGCUACCCGCGCUCGCACGACGCGCCCUACACCCUGGCGGCGGCAGGGCGCGCCAGCGGCCCCGACGGAGCCGUCGUGCAUCUGUGGGACGAGCGCGCCGGCCGCGGCCCGGCGGCGCGGCUGCCGUGCCCCGGGUCGGCGGCGCUGGUGGCCCCCCUGGAGGCGCCGGCGGGGGAGGCGCACUGCCUGAUGGGGGUGGUGCACCCCAGCACGCUGGUGGUGUGGGACGUGCGCGGCGCCUCCUGCGGCCUCAGCAGCGGCAUCAAGGGCAUCGGGCAAGGCGGCGGCGGAGCCAGCAUGACCAGCGGCAUCGGCGGCGGCGGCAGCAACGGCGGGAUCAUGUCCCUGGGCGGCUGCCGGCCGGCGCCAAACGGCGGCGCCGCCGGCGCCGCCACGGCGGCGGUGGUUGGCAGUUGGGAGUUGCGCGGUCCGCUGGCGGCGCUGGGCUGCUGGCAGCCGGUGGUGGCGGGGCUGGCGGCGGACCCGCGGGACAGCAGCCGCCUGGCGCUGCUGAUGAUGGACGGCUCGUCCGCGCUGUGGAACCUGGCGGCGGGGGCGCCCAGUCACGCCUACCCCGCGCCCUCGCCCCUCACCGCAGCCUACGCCGCGGCGGCGGCGGCGGCGGCAGCCACAGCCGAGGCGGCUGCAGCCGUGGCUGCAGCCGGCGGCGCCGCCGCCGGCAGCGGCGUCACGACUGCCAGCCUGGCGGCUCUGCUGUGCUCGAGGCCGGCGGCGAUGGGGGACGCGGUGGCGGCGACCGCGGCGGCGGGGGGUCCGCUGGGGGGCCUCAAGGGCGUGUGUGGUCUGGUGGGCGCGAUGCAGGGCGCCUGGGAUGCCGACGUGUGCGGCUUCUGGCACCCUGCUGCGCUGCUCCGACAAAGCGCCUCCGUCGCAGCUGGCGCCAGCGGUGGCGAGGGUGGCGCGGCGGCAGCCCCGACGAUGACGCGGCCAGGCCUAGUGCUUUCUGACUUCCGGCCCGCGAGCCGUAAUGCAGAGCUCGCAGUGGAGGCGGCAGUGGAAGCCAUGGCGACAGCUAGGGCCUCCGCGACAAGCACUUUGGCAGGCGGCGGCGCGGCCGCCAGCGCAGCGGGAGUGCCGUCGGCACCUUCUGCCAGCUACCUGGCCGCUGCCGCGUUGGCGGCGGCGCAGCUGCGGCGGCGGGCGGCGGCGGUGACCGUGCCGCUGGAGAGCUGGCCGCUGAGUGUGGCGUGUGUGGGCGAGACGGGGGACGUCAUCUGCGGGACGCUGGGUGGCGAGCUGUUGCAUUGGGCCAAGUGCUGAGCGGCGGCGGCGGCGGGGCGUGUGCCGCGCAGGUAUCCCGCCGGGAUGCGGAUGGUGUCGCAGUAGGGAGGAGGGCACGUGGUGGUCAAGGAGACUGCUGAGUGAUGCCAACAGGCAACUUGGGGUAGGGAGGAUACGUAUUAGGUAAUGCAUUUCGCUUUGGUGAGUGGUGGCUAAGUGUGACAUUAUAGGGCGUGUUUUCGCCCGGCUCGCCGCAGCCCAUUCACAGUCGCACGCUCCCAAGCCGCCCACGUUCAUCCCGUUCACAGAUUCGCAUGCACAUGAGCUUUCACGUCCCAUGUGCCUUGCCGGCCAAGUCAACGGACGCUGGAGUGUCCAUGCGGGGACUGGAAGUCUGGAACGUCCAUGCAUGGGGAGCAUGUGCUAGCAGCUAGAAGCUUCUUGCUUUGGGGGCGCCCGUUGACCUCGGCGGCUCGGCACCAUCAUGACUCCAGGCUACUGCUCGUGCUACUGCUCGUACCGACGAAACCCGCCUGGACCUUGUGUGCGCGGGGCCGUUUAGAUAUC